UCCCCUCUCUUUUUUCCUUCUUCACCGUCUCUGGUCUCUCUCUCUUUCGGAUAAUAACUCUGCAGUCUCUCUUCCCGCUGCAUGCGCCUGUAGGGACUUCUUUUCCCUCCUUACUGCUUCUAUACUCUCCACCCACUCGUGCCCGGAGACCCUGCAGAUCCCCCAAGCUAUGGCCCCGCGCCUGAACCUGGGCUCCCACGCCCUUCUCGUCCUGGGUCUCUUGCUGGUUCUGCUUCCGGCUCAGACCUAUGCCUUUGGCGCUGGAAAUAUCGCUUCCAUCUCCGCCGUGGAGGGCAAGAACUGGCGUCAUGGAGACAUCGAGGAUAUGCUGAAGACGGUCGCCUUCAUCAAGGGCCACAAAUGGACCUCCACCAUGGUCAAGCGCGUUUACUUUGGGAACUGGUUGCGUGAUUACUCGCAGGCCAUGGACGUCGGCACCCUCAAGAACCUUCCGGCCGACACUAUCCGCAUCCUUGUCUGGAUCUUGUCCUUCAUGACCUUUGGAUACGCGACAGCGGAGUUUGAGGUCACUUCCGACAGACUUGGUGUUUAUCGCCCUGAGGAACAUAUCGAUAACCCCAAAGACUACGCCGAUAACCAGGAUGCCCGGCAGUAUGACGAACGCUUGCGCGGGCCGAUCCGCCAGGUCGAACUCGACAUCGACUCCGAAACCGGCAUGAAGAACUACAUCGCCAACGAAGGUGGAGAUUGGACGACCAGCUCUGGGUAUAUCAAGUACAGCUUGGCGCGGAGCAUCCACUAUGGGCGCACUUAUACUCACGGCAGAGACAAGGGCAACGAGGAAGACCUUUGCGAGGCUCUGCGCUGUCUGGGCCAGGGCCUUCACACCCUGGAGGACUUCGCAGCCCACACCAACUACUGUGAGCUUGCACUGCGUGAGAUGGGCUUCAAGAAUGUGUUCCCGCACACUGGUGUCAACACGGAGUUGAAUGUUCGUGGUCAUCGGGUCUUUCCGCUUGUCACGGGAACCUUUGGUAUGGUGGACUUCUUCCAUUCCGUUCUGGGAGAAGCCACAGAUCAUUUCACGCAGUCGGAGGUUAAUGAGAUGGACAUCGCCCUCGGGGAUGCCCAAUCUAACUCUUCUGCUAACGCCCUCGGUGCCUUCACCGGCUUGUUGGGCAACAUUCCGGGAACAAAGGAUCUCGUUGCUGAGGCUGAGGAGCUUAAGCGUCGCUCGGAGGUGCAGGAAUCUGCGAACCGGGGCGGCGGUGCUCGCGAAGGCUACGGUACUAGCAGGGGGCUCGACGACGACUACGGGUCGCAGCGCUCGCAGGGCUUUGAUGAUUUUGAGUCGCAGCGUUCUCGGGGCUUUGAUGACUUCGACUCGCAGCGCUCUCGAGGCUUCGAUGACUAUGAGACGAGCAGCUAUAGGGCGGGCGAAUCAGCGCGGCCUCAGUCUAGUGGAGGAUCUGGAGGUUCGGGAUUGCAAGACUUUGAUCCGAACCAGACGAUUGCACAGAUCUACCCUAUCCUCGAGUUCAGAGACAAGGUCGUUCGCAAGCUUACCUCGAUUAUCGAGAAGAUCCCCGGGCUGGAGACCGUCGUUGAAAAGGUCACGGAGACCCUGACAGUCUUCAUCAUGUCUCUGCUCGCCCCAUUCAUUCGUCCCAUCAUCAAUGCCGCUUCGAAGUCGCUGCAAGCCGGCUCGUCCGGUGUGAUUGAUGCGUCUGGCAAGCAUCAGUAUGAGCCAUGGACUGACCCUGACUGUACCGACCCGACCCACUCCAUGUUGUCCAAGGACCACUUUGCCAAUAUCCUCAACGAGCCCGCCGGUCAGGUUGCGUCUGCUAUUCUCAGGUAUGUGGCACCGCGUGUCCUCCAUGCUUGGGAGAACAUCAACAUCUCGGAGGAGCAGGUCUUGGAGGAUUGCUUGAAGGUGUUCCACCACCCCGCUCUCCGAGACAACCGCAACGAGGCUCACCGGACCAUGUUUGAAGCCGUUGAGUCUUGGGUCCAGUCUAGAUCAGACAGAGGCUCGAGACUGAACGACAUUUUGAGCGCUGAGGGUGUGAGAGCAGGCAAGAAUACGGGCGGUGUUCCUCACACCCACGGCGGUGGUGGGAACGCAUCGGGACACAGUCAGCAGCAGCAUCGUCCUCCGUCCUCGCAGCAGCAGCAGCAGCAGCAGCAGAGCUCUGGCCUUCCUUUUGACAUUUCUAGUCUUCCUAUUCCUGGGAUCUCCAACCUGGGCAACCUCAGCAGUGCUUUCUCCAACCUUGGGGUCGGCGGAUCGAGGAACGAGGAGUCGGCGCAGACUGAGAGCUCGUCAUAUCAGACCUCUUACCAAAGUGAGCAGCGCGAGCAACACUCGUACCAGUCUCAGCAGCAAUAUCAGGGGCAGUCUCAGUCCACCUAUGAGCAGUCCUCAUACCACCAUCAGUCAUCGCGUCCUUCAUAUGCCGAUCAGACUUCCGACUAUGAGGGAUCCUACGGGCGGCCUCGUCCUCAGGAACGGCGGCCAUCCUACCCUGAGCAGUCCUAUGGUUCCUACGAGCAGUCUCGUCCUUACGAGUCGCGCCCAUCGUACCCCAGCCAGGGCUACGACUACAAUGGCUCGCGCGAGGAGUCCCACCAUUACAAUCAGUCACGCCCCUCCUACCCCAGUCAAGGAUAUGAGUAUGGCGAGUCCGAGGGCGAUCACCACCGCCGUCACGGUGACCAUCCCCAUCAUCCCCCCGGUCCUCCUCACCCUGGCCCGCCUUAUGGUUCCUACGGCGGUGGAUACAACCAAGGCUACGGCUCGGGUGAGUAUCGCUACUGAACGGCGUGUACAGCACAAGCUGCGCUCAGAGUAGAGCACGUACUACUAUCAUCUCAACACUGUUGUCUUCGUUUUUUUAUUUUAUUUUCCAACCGAUCCGUGUAUUCCUAGAAUGAAACCUCUGGUCAAAUGAGAGUUAAUUAAUGAUAAGAUAAAUCAGCA